AUUUGUGAAAUGAGGAUCAACGCUUUUGAAGCAAACCAAUUUUUAAGGCGGCUGUGAGUCAAUUGCAUCCUUCAUUGAAGAGACGAGACUCUGAGAUGUGAUCGCCGUUGUCUUUGCGCUCCACUUUGCAGCCCUCCCUCCAGUUUGUUUAAAAAGUAACCCCACCUGAAACCUGGCCCCGGCCAAUGAGCAGUGGAGAUGUCAGCGCCUCCUUUGUUCGAAACCAAUGAGAGUGGAAGUGCGGCAUGUUCCCCGAGGGGGAGAACUUAGGGCUGCCUGCGUUAAUCACGCAUCACUUAGCCGUUGCCAAUGUGUUCACAACACAAGACCCUCUUUGAGGCUUUUCACUGCAACUCCAUUUCUUGGACCCAUCUAGUAUGGAAAGUCAACAACAAUGGCUUACCAGGCUCAAAGAUGAACUUAGCAACAGUCCGCUGGUCUCUAACGUGGCAUUCGGCUUCAUCCUCAUGGGACUGGAGAAGCUGGUGGAAUUGGAGUUCGAGUGUCCGUGCAACCCGACAUGGAACGGCGUGUUUUCGUCUGCCUUCUUCAUUAUCCCGGCCGUCAUGGCCUUCACCUUGAUGCUCAUCAUCCAGGGGUGCCGCUGUGACGAGUGGUGUCGCCGGAGCGUGUCGCUCUCCAGCGUGGUGCCCGCCGUCGUCUGGCUCAUUUUGCUCUUCCUGGAUGGUCAGUACUUCGCCUGCGCUAUGACAGACUGGGAGGGUAGAUUUGUGCUGGUGGACAGGGCGGCCCCGCAAAAGUGGUGCGAGCCAAUAACUGAUGGAGGUGUCCCCCAGCAGGAGCUCAUGCUGCGUUCGCAGCAGCUCUUUGUUUUCUCUCAGGUUCUAGGUAUCAUCCUGCUCAUUGUCAUCUGCGUGGGUCUUGUCGUGUACGUCAUCAGGCAAAGCUGCCAACAAGAAGUGGAGGAGCUGCAAGAUGCCGACGUCGCCGAGCUCACCGUCCUUAGGAUGAGCUCUCUGCGGACCAGGACGUCUUGAGGUGCUUUGUAACAAACUGACCACGCACUGACACUCACCCUGCCUGAAAAUGAUCCCUCCCCAAUUAUGUAAAAAAAAAAAAAAAUUCUGAACUUGAUUUAUAUCCAACCAUGUUCUGUUUCAACAUUGUUUUAUUGUUGUUUUGUAAUAAAAUAAAUUAUUUUUGUAUUCCACAGCCAUCAAGGAUUUUGUGCACAUACUGUACGUGAGUUUCAAUUUGGAAAUGCAUGACUUUUUUUUUCUUUUUGAGGGGAGGUCAAUUUUGCAAAUAGGAGGUGCACGAAAUAUAUGGUAAGCUAAAUAAUUAUGAGAGUGGUUGGUAAAUGUGUGGGCAUUUAAAUUACAACAGGUAUUUUGCACAGAGAAAUACAAAUGAAUGGUGGAGCAAAAGUCCCUCUGUACUCCCUCUCCUGU